GCGUCCUCGUCCAGAGUCCAAAGUAUCGUCCGCGGAGUCUCCAAAGUCGUCGCCCACAAUGCCGCUCGAAGCAACAUUAAUGAUAAUCGACAACUCCGAGUACAUGCGCAAUGGCGACUAUCAACCAUCACGCUUUGCUGCCCAGUCCGACGCGGUCACCACAAUCUUCCAGACCAAGAUUGAUUCCAAUCCUGAGAACACUGUUGGCGUCAUGACAAUGGCUGGCAAGGGCCCAGAAGUGCUCGUCACGCAUUCCAAAGAUAUCGGACAGAUACUGCAAGCACUCCAUGACUCCGCAGACAAGAUCGGCGGCGUUGCAGACAUCCCCACCGCGAUCGCAGUCGCGCAGCUCGCGCUCAAGCAUCGACAGAACAAGAACCUCCGGCAGCGUAUCGUCGUCUUCGUCGGCUCUCCACUAGAGGGCCAGGGAGCCGACGAGAAGGGCAUGACCCGCCUCGCGAAGAAGCUCAAGAAGAACAAUGUCGCUGUCGACUUCAUAGUGUUCGGUGACGGCAUUGAGGAGGGCGAGCGGAGCAUUCUCAAGACGUUCGUCGAGAACUGCACGAGCGGAGAGAACUCACAUUACGUCUCAAUACCGCCCGGCCCACAUCUCCUCUCGGACAUGGUGCUCAACUCGCCUAUCCUCGCAGGCGACCGCGGCAUCCCGGAGGAGGCCAUGGCUGAAAUCGCGUCUGGCGGGGGCGCAGGCGGCGCGGGCAACUUCGAGUUCGGUGUCGACCCCAGCCUGGACCCUGAAUUGGCAAUGGCAUUGCGCAUGUCAAUGGAGGAGGAGCAGGCGCGGCAGGCUGCCGCAGCUCAGACGGCAGUGGCGGCACCUGCGCCGCCAGCAGAGUCGUUGACCGUGCCCGCUGUAGCUGCACCAGUGCCAGCGCCAGCAGCUGCAGCUGCAGCUGCACCGGCUGCUGCGGAGCCGACGGACGAGGAGGAGGAGGCGAUGCUGAAGCAAGCGCUGGCGAUGUCGCAGGAGCACGAGCAGGAGCAGGACGUGGAGAUGGGAGAUGCACAAGCGCACGCGGGGGAGGACGAGGAGAUGUCAGAAGAGGAGGCGAUUGCGCGGGCGAUCGAGAUGAGCAUGCAGGAAGACAAGGAGAAAGAAAAGGACAAAAAGUAGCCUGCUCGGCUGGUGGGCCCCUUGGGCUUGUCCUUCUGUAUUGUCGAACUUCGUUUGUUUUCUUUCUC